AUGCCCAGAAUUCGUUUCUCCGCGAUCUGGAAAGCGCAUCGAGAGAAUGUUUUGUUACCUUUACUCCUAAAGGAAUGUCGCACAAUUGAUUCUGCUCGUAAUGAGCUCCGCUGGCUACGCGAAGCCGUUCGCGAUAGUCAAUUGCUGCCAUCGGCAGGAUGGAGUCGACUCCGGACUAUGUGUCGACUACGGUCCAAAGGGUACCCCCUGCAAUAUAUCCUGGGGAAUCAACCGUUCGGAGAAUUGGAAAUUCUCUGCCGUAAAGGCGUUUUAAUCCCAAGGUCCGAUCAUCCCAUCCGACCGGAGACGGAAUCUUAUACAUACAAAUCAGCCCAAUUGGUUCGAAAAUUGAAUAGAACCAACUCCGCAAGGCCAUUGCGUAUCCUCGACCUUUGCACAGGAACAGGUUGCAUCUCACUUCUUCUGCACGCGCUACUCGCUCCGCAUGUCCAGAGUUUAUUGAUCACAGGGGUGGACAUCAGCCCUGUGGCAUUGAGCUUGGCCCAGAAGAACCUGGAGCACAAUCGACAAUUGGGCCAAUUGACGCCCCAGGCGGCAACAGACAUUAAUUUUCAUCGCGCCGAUGUCCUUGGCGAUGGCAGCGAGUCAGUAGCGUCAAUCAGAUCACUACUACGGUCUCUCGGAUCAGACUACCAACCGUCGGAACAUUCUCAAUGUGACCUACUCAUCUCCAACCCGCCGUAUAUAUCCCGAGCGGAGUUUCGCAACGGGACCACGGCCCGCAGUGUGCGGCUCUUUGAGCCGGAGCUCGCACUGGUACCUCCAGCCGUUUCUGAAGACUGCGCACCGGAGGAUAUCUUCUACCGCCGCAUUCUCACAUUGGCAGACGAGUUGCAGACCCGGCUCGUCGUGCUAGAGUGUGGAGAUUUGGCACAAGCUCAACGAGUGAUUGCUCUCCAUGAGCGACUUGCUUCGAACCAAAAUCAAUUUAAUGCAGAGAUCUGGCCGAGUCGUGAACAGGAUUUGGCCGAGUAUGGGUUCCAUGAAACAGAUGGGUCACGAUGUGUUAUUAUACAGAGGCUUUAA